AUGCUCGCCGCCCGCCGCUUCACAGCCGCCGUGCCUCGCACUCUCGGCGCCCAAUCCCCCCUCUUCCACUCGACUCGUCCAGCCUUUGUCAAAGUCGGCGAUGCCAUCCCCAACGUCGACCUCGUCGAAGACUCGCCCGGCAACAAGGUCAAUCUCUCCAAGGAAUUGACUGGCAAUGGCGUCAUUAUCGGUGUUCCGGCUGCUUUCAGCCCCGCUUGCUCCAGCACGCAUGUCCCCGGCUACAUCAACCACCCCGCCCUCAAGAACGCCGGAAAAGUCUUCGUCGUAUCCGUCAACGAUCCCUUUGUCAUGAAGGCAUGGGGCGCAGCUCUUGAUCCUUCCGGCAAGAGUGGUGUUCGCUUUUUGGCCGAUCCCGCCGGCUCAUUCACGGAUGCAUUGGAACUCGGAUUCGACAGUGCCGCCAUCUUCGGAAACCAGCGAAGCAAGCGUUAUGCCUUGGUGAUUGAGGACGGCAAGGUUAAGGAAGCUCACGUUGAGCCAGACAAUACUGGGGUUAAUGUGUCCGCCGCCGAAAAGGUUCUUGCUUAA